AUGACCACCGACUCGCCCAUCAACCCAAUCAUACCGGGCUUUGCCCCGGACCCAUCGCUCAUCCUAGUCGACGACACGUAUUUUCUAGUAAACUCGACCUUCCACCUCUUCCCCGGCCUCCCAAUCUACACUUCGCGUGACCUCGUCCACUGGCACCAAAUCGGCAACGCCAUCAACAGCGCCUCACAACUCAGCUUCUCCAAAGCCUCAACCCUGAUCCACGACAUUGGCAACAACGACCACCUGUACGCCACAGGCGGCUUAUACGCACCCACGCUCCGCCACCACAACGGCACAUUCUAUAUUGUCUGCACCAACGUCGUAAACCACCGCCCGGACUCCGCCCAAGAAAGCGAGACCCAAAACUUCAUCAUCUCCACCACCGACAUCUACGCCUCCGCCUGGAGCGACCCCAUCUACUUCGACUUCACCGGCAUAGACCCCAGUCUCUUCUUCGAUCCCCAAACAGGAAAAGCAUACCUCUGCGGCUCAAAAUCCCCGGGGCCCUCCACAAAAAUCACUCUGUUCGAAAUCGACGUGAGCACAGGCGAGAAAUUGACAGAGGAAAAGUACCUCUGGCACGGUACGGGAGGCAUAUACCCCGAAGGCCCGCACAUCUACUUCCACAAUGGCUUCUACUACCUCAUGAUAGCCGAGGGCGGCACGCAUGAAGGCCACGCCGUAACCAUGGCGCGCAGCAAGAAUCUCUUAGAUGGACCCUGGGACCCCAGUCCGCUGAACCCCAUACUGAGCGCCACAGGGACGGACGAGUACGUGCAGUGUACGGGCCACUGCGAGGCAUUUGCCGCCAAAGACGGGGAGUGGUGGGGCGUCUGUCUCGGGAUCCGGAUGCGCGAGAAAGGGUUCUACGGGUUGAGCCGUGAGACGUUUCUCGUGCGGGGAGCGUGGAGUGCGGAUGGAUGGCUCAAGUUUGAGCGCGCGACAAUGCAAUUGAGAAUUCCUGGUGUGAGUGUCGAUGCGGAGAAGAAGCUAAGUGCAGUGCCUGGAGCGGAUUGUGUGUAUAUUCAUGAUCCGGCGCUCCGGGAUUACGACUUCGAUCCCACAGGGAGACAUGUGGUGCUGAGGGCUUCGCCGUAUGAUUUGACUGCGCCGAAUGCUUCGCCUUCGUUUCUGGGUAAGCGGCAGCGCUGCAUCGAGGGGAGAAGUAGAGCCACGCUUGUUGUGGGUUCUCCCCAUGAAGAUGCACGCGUUACUGCGGGCGUAGCGAUGUACAAAGAUGAACAUCGUUUCUUUUCGGUUUCUUACAGCCCAGAUCAAUUACCGCCGGAAAUUUCCCUCCGCGUCUUGAAUACGGCCAAGAAGAUAGAUUGGAGACGCACUGUCGAUUUGCCGAUUCGGCCCGAGUCCUUGGAAUUCAUCGUUGAAUAC